AUGGCGUGGUCGAUGCAGCCUGUGCAACCUUUUGCUUCCUCCCUCGACACCAGCGUGCUUUUGGUGCUAGCCAACCCAAUCUGGUUUUCACUUUGCCAAGCAGUCCGGGACAACUCAACCCACCCCGCCCGGAUGGCAGCCCUGGCCUUCAAUGCCCAACAACAACCUCGCACCCUCAAGCCCCCACUGUCGCUUUUGCUGGAGGCCUUGCUUGGUGAAACGCAGCAGCAAACAACAACAACAAGUGCACGGUUCGAAAUGGCUGCUCCCGCUCGUCCUGCCAAGGCUGGUGCCAAGCCUUGGAUCAAGGGUGAUGUCGAUGAUCUGGCCUCCUUGGCCAAUCUCGAUGAUUCCAUUCUCCUGGAGGAGCUCAAGACUCGCUACUUUGCCAACAAGAUCUACACGUAUGUUGGUGACAUUCUGGUGGCCAUCAACCCCUUUCAAGACCUGCCUCUGUACACCAAGCAGAUCAAGGACCAGUACCAUGACAUUCCCAAAUCCGCGGCUGCGCCUCACGUCUACGCCAUUGCGGACCAGGCCUACCACUCGAUGAUCUCCGAGUACCUCCUCGAACGCUCUCGCGUCGUUCGUCAAAACGCGGGUGAAAACAACUUUCACGUCAUGUACUACGUCUUUGCCAGCCCCAACGCUGCUCAACUGGGUCUGAACGACUACCGCCGCUUCAACUACGUCUCGCAAUGCGCGUCCUUCCCGCGCGACAACCAGGGUUCGUACAACGAGGUCAUCAGUGCCUUUCGCACGGUCGGCUUUUCCCAGGUUGAGCAGGCCAACGUGCACAGCAUGCUUGCAGCCGUGUUGCACAUUGGCAACAUUGAGUUUGAGGACAUCUAUAGCACUUCCGAGACCCCGGAAAUGUCCUCCCCCCGUGAAGUGCUCAACACGGCUGCCAGCGUUCUCGGCGUCGACCCCAAUGCGCUCUUUGAGAGCAUCGUAGCUGUCACCACGGUCACCCGCGGCGAAACCAUCCGCCGCGUCAACACCCCCGACAAAUCCACUGACACCAAAAAUGCCAUUGCCAAGGCCCUCUAUGGACGCCUUUUCAGCUGGAUUGUCUCGCAGAUCAACAACCUCUUGGCCGUUGGCUCUCGCUCCCGCGGCGCACGCCUGGACAUUGGCAUCCUUGACAUUUUCGGGUUUGAGCAUUUUCAGACCAACGGCUUUGAGCAAUUGUGCAUCAACGUGGCCAACGAACAGCUGCAAAACUUUUUCAACCAGCACAUCUUCAAGCAAGAAUUGGCCGAGUAUGCCCGCGAGGGUAUUGAUGGGUCCAACAUUACUUUCGAAGACAAUCAGCCUCUACUGGACAUGUGCUUUGGCAAGCCCAUCGGUCUUUUUGCGCUGUUGGACGAGGAAUCGCGCUUUCCUCGCGCCACCGAUGACACGCUGAUCCAAAAGCUCAAGAACCAGCUCACAGGCCAGGCCGGCUACGAGCCAGCUCGUACCUCGGCUCCUUGCUUCACAAUCAAGCACUACGCUGGUGCUGUUGAGUACACCUCGUAUGGCUUUUUGGAUCGAAACCGUGAUGAGCUCUCCCAGGAUGUUCGCAAGAUGGCGCAAAGCAGCUCAAACGAGCUCGUGCGCCAGCUGUUUGCCAAUGACGACGAUGAUACCCCGCGUCACGGUGGUAGCUCUGCUGUGCAGGCCAACUCGGCUCAGAAGCGCUCGGCCACCGUGAGCCACCAGUUUGUGGCCGAUCUCAGGCUUUUGAUUGACAAGAUGAUGAAGUGCAUGGCGCACUUUGUCCGCUGCAUCAAGCCCAACACGGAGCAAGCGCCCUCCAAGUUUAUCGAUGACUUUGUCAACGGCCAGCUGCGCUAUACGGGUAUGCUGGAGACGACCCGCAUUCGUCGCGAGGGCUACUCAUUCCGCCCUACAUUUGCCGAGUUUAUGGAGCGCUUUGGCAUCCUGGCCUACGGGCCCUCGGCCCGUGUGGAGGCAUCCAGCCAGACCUGCUCCAAAGUCUUGGCAGCCAGCGGUGUAAAGGGUUGGCUUGUGGGCAAAACCAAGGCAAGCAUGAGCCUGGGCCUGAUCAUGUUCGAGUGUUGCAAUUCCGCAGUUGUGUUCUUGAAGUAUUGGCAGGUGGAGCAGCUGGACAAAUCCAUCAAGCUCUUCCACGAUCACGCGCGCAUUCUGCAAAAGGUGGCCAAGGGCUUUCUGGCGCGCAAGUUCCGUGCCAACAUGAAGCGCAAGAUGCAGAUGUACUUGCAGGAAACAGGCGUUUUCUUUGAGACCGUCCGCCGCAACGGCGCUACUUAUGGUGCACGAGUGGCCAGCAAUGAUGCCGAAGAUAUGCGCCGCCACGCCUCUGGCAUUCAACCCCGACGCCCUCCACCCAGCGUCCCAGCCGGUCCUCGCAAAUCAGAGCAGGAACUCAAGCGCGAUGCGUCCAUCGCUUGGUGGAAGGAAAAGGAGGAACCCCGUGGAGCAGGCAAAGACUCUUACGGUGGCUUUAUGCCUUGGUUUCAUGGGCUCAUUUCUCGCCGCGAAGCGGAAGAGCUGCUGCGUCCCCGCUAUAUCGGGUGUUUCUUGGUUCGCGUGAGCGAAAACCGAUUCGGCUACACCCUUUCGUAUCGUGUGUCGGACCGCUGUCGUCACUACAUGGUGGAGCAGAACACGCAGGGCCAAUACGCAUUGGUGGGCGUCUCCAAGAUUGCCGAUAGCCUGAACGAGCUGAUUGAGUGGUUCCAACGCAACCCCAUCAACGAGGACAUGGACAUGUUGCGUGAGCCUUGCGGACAAAAGAUGAACGAUGAUGGCACGGAAGAGUGCGAUUACGGCGAGCUCAUGUCCCCGGGCACGGUAGUUACUUCGUCGUCUUCCUCACACGUGCCCUUCUCGGGCGGCCCUCCCCCCGUUCCACGCGACCGCAAGCCAUCAUCAGCUGGGGGUGCCGUGCCUCCACCCGUCUCACGCGCGGGCAAGCCGGGCGCCGCACCAGCUCCCAUGGGGGCUGGUGCCCCCCCGCCAAUUCAUCGCGAACGCAAGCCGUCGUCUGCUGGUGGCGCCGUGCCGCCGCCCAUUUCUCGUGCCAAUAAGCCUCGCUAAUGUUGCUGUCAAACCCGAGCAGAGCGGGCGAGCAGCUACCGUUUCCAACUUUCUAAAUGGAUCUAUUCGCAUUUGUUGGCGCGGGUACGCCGGCUUCACUCCUUUUGCGCUCUCCUGGGUCGUCACAUGAUUUUGUGAUGUGUGUGAGGCUUGUUUUUGUGUCUUUCUAUUUCUCCUUUUUCAAUCUCAAUCUUGAGAGUUUUCUUCUCCCGCCUCAUCAGCUGGGAUUGGCCGUCGUCAUUCGGCUCCCCUCCUUGCCUGAUGGUGGUAAUUGACGAGCGUACAAACUUU